CAGCUGACUGGCAGUGUACAGCAGCAGGUGAUGUGUGUUGCAACCGAAGAAGAGAACAAGGAAGCAACAUGUGCGAACCAUAAUAACUCCUACAACAGCCAGAGCAGGCGGACGGACAGGCGACAGGAUAGAUUCACUUAAUCAACAAAUAAAAAAAAAUGAAGCGGGAGGUAAAAGCUGGAGUCGACUUCCUGAAGCGCCUGGUGGUGGCCAGAGGGAAGCUGGAUGAAGCCAAAGCAGAGAUGUUUGCGGAGAAGCUGCAGAAACUUUUGUGUGACAAAUACUGCGACCACUGGUACCCUGACAGUCCCAGCAAAGGCCAGGCAUACAGGUGUAUCCGGAUAAAUAAAGUCGGACCUUGCGAUGCGGCGGUGCUGAAGGCCUGUGAGGAGAGCCAGGUCACGGCCAGCAAGUUGGGACUUCCACCUGAGAUAACUCUGUGGAUCGACCCACUGGAGGUGUGUGCAAGGUCUGGGGAAAAUGGCAGACCUUUCACAAUAGCUCGCUUCUGUGAAGAGGAGGAGGAGGAGGAAGAUGGGAGCGUAAAGAGGGACCGGGAUGACUCCUCCGUCAACCUGGACACAUCAGAUUACCACUCUGCCACCUCGUCAGAUUGCGGCUCUGCCUCAUCCAGCGACACGGAGGAGGAGGCCAAGGACGGAGAGGAGAACAAGAAGCUGGAGGAGCAUGAGAAUAAGGAGGCAGCAGACGGCACCGCCUACACAGUGACGAUGGUUCCCAGAAUCCGGAAGGGGAACGGAGAAGCACUAAAUAAAGUCAGAUACGUCAGAAAAAAGAUUCCCGCUAGCCUCCAGUACUUCUACCAUCCGACACCGGUGUGGUCCCAGUACAAGAAGGGGGCUCCGGUGUUCCUCACCACAGUGUGUGCGUCCCCCGCGCCGCCUCCUCCACCACAGCAAGUUUUUGGUUACUACAUCGUACCACAGCCGUCUCCACAAUUCCUCCUUCCUCAGGCCGCCCUGCAGCCGUGGGAGCAGUGAAGGGUUAGAGCAUCCGUGGACCCGGGGAGGGACGGGGAAGCCUUUAACUGAGCCAUUUAGUGACGAGUCUUUGGGCUACAUUUGGGCCAAAAAGAGUGAUGUUUUUAAAAUUGUCAUUUCUAAAGCUACUUCUUGCACAAUCUUUAACUUUUCUGCUGACUUGUAGUUUUUUUUUUCAUAGACAGCGCAACAAUGCCAUGAACUUUAGCUAAAAUAUUUUAAUCUCCUAGUGUCUCUGCACUUGUUUUUUUUUUUUUGUUUGUCUUUUUAUGUACUGUAUUUAUUAGAACGACUUCAACCACUGGGUGACUGGACCAACUCAGGAACUCUCAGCAAUAUUCUUUAUGCCAAAAGAAGUUAUUUUGUAAUAAUCAUGAACAUAGUUUUCUGUGCACAAAUUACUGCUAACCUCUGUAAAGUACAAUUCAACUACAGCAAGAAUAUCUGUAUAUUAAGAUAAUUAUUUUUUACUGAACAGGUUGUAUAUAUUUAACAAUGCCUAUCCAUGCUUUCUGAACUUUCUAUUUGUUGUAAUUUAUUUGACCACCAAUAGAUGGUGCUCAAGUGGCAUCAAGUUUAAUUGUUUUUUUAUUUUUGUAAUGAAACGGAGCAUCUAUAUAUUGGAAAUUCACAAAACAUCUUACUCCCCUUUUAAAUGAUGGUAAAUAAUCCUUGUUAUGAUCACCGCCGCUGUAUAAAAAAUGCAUUCAAAUCCAUGCUUUCCUCACCAAUUCUGUGAUUUGGAAGAAUAUUUAUUCACUAUUUUGACAGUUUUAAGCUUGUGAGUUUGGUUUAUUUGUACCAUUUGCAGUGAACCUUUACCUCUUUUACAGCAAAUUAAACUCAUUUUUACUCUA